CAAAGUUGGCAAAACUAACCGACGAAGAAAGAGAUGCGCUUAUAAACUGUCAUCAUCAUUUCGGAUACAACAAAUUACUGGAAUUUUGGACAGUCAUCGCUUUUUCAGAUAUUUCUUCGGCAUGGAUUAUAAAGACGAAACCUUUGGAGUUUCUUAUUUCAAAGCAGUAUGGGCUAGUAUCGCGUCCGUUGGAUGGUAUAUCGUUGCGAUAUUCGUUUGCUGUUGGUACGCGUCUCCUUAUAUUCAGGAAAAGUAUAGAAAAUGGAAAUUGAGAAUAGACGAGAGAGAUUAUGCUGCUAAAUAUCAUAAAGAUCCGGAUCUCUUACAAGAAAGAUUAUCCGCUUUGGAGGCAUCCCGGCAACGAAUGCAAGAAAAGUAUUACGAGAAAUGCGUGCUAGCGCGACAAGAAGAAAAAGAGAAGGAAAUCAAGAGAGAAGCAGCGAGAUUGAUAGACAACGCGUUCGCUGGUCAAAGGCUAGGGAACUCUUCUCGCGAUGAAUCUACGUUCGUUCAGAAGAAUAAGAAAUCUUUGAAAGGAGAUUACAAUCCGUUAAUGGGCGACAAUUCUAGGGGAUACCGACCUCCGAAGCGCACCUGUUGCGGAAAAGGUGGUUGCGGAUAACGUUAUCGUAUAUUAGAUGUAAGCCAGUUUCUUCUCGAUUCCAUAUUUCUUCUUUUUCUUCCUUUCCUUCGGUUUCUCGGCCACACGAUAUUUAAAAAAAAAAAAAACAAAGACAUUGUAAAUAAUUGUCAAAUCGUUAUUUUACCUUCUAAUAAAAUGUCAUGAUUACACA